CUUCCCCGCCUCCUACGAGACGCUUUAUAGGACUACCGCCUUGGAGUGAUGUUUCCCACCGCCAAUCGCUUCCUCCGUCUCCUGACGGCGCUCUCGAGGCGCUGGUGGAAAAACUGAGGCGCGAGGGGAAGGUGUUGGCAUGAACAGAAUUCGCAUCCACGUUUUGCCUUCUAGUCGGGGUCGACUCACCCCAGUCCCAAGGCCUCAAGAAGCCUUGUUGUGUGCCUUUGCUCACCGCCCAUGCUCUCAGCCUCGUUUGGAGGGCCACGAAUUCUGCAUUAAGCACAUUCUUGAAGACAGGAAUGCCCCCUUCAAGCAGUGCAGCUACAUUUCUACUAAGAAUGGGAAGCGGUGCCCAAAUGCGGCUCCCAAGCCUGAGAAGAAGGAUGGUGUGUCAUUCUGUUCUGAGCAUGCUCGGAGAAAUGCUCUGGCACUGCAGGCUCAGAUGAAGAAGUCCAAUCCUAGCCCUGUCCGAGAGUCUCUCCUCUGUCAACUUAGCUCCUACGUCAAGACAGAGCUGGGUUCCCAGACUGCAGAGAGCAGCCGCAGUGAAGCCAGCAGGAUACUGGAUGAGGACAGCUGGAGUGACGGAGAGCAGGAACCUCUUACUGUGGAUCAGACAUGGAGAGGUGACCCUGACAGUGAAGCAGACAGUAUUGACAGUGACCAGGAGGAUCCACUGAAACAUGCUGGGGUGUACACUGCUGAGGAAGUGGCGCUAAUCAUGAGAGAGAAGCUGAUCCGGCUGCAGUCUCUAUAUAUCGACCAGUUCAAACGGCUCCAACACCUCCUGAAAGAGAAGAAGCGCCGGUACUUGCACAGCCGUAAGGCAGAACAUGAAGACAUAGGUAGCAGUCUUCUCACAGGCCCAGAGGGACUUCUAGCUAAGGAACGUGAGAACCUAAAACGUCUGAAAUACUUGAGACGAUAUCGGCAGCGGUAUGGUGUGGAGGCUCUUCUGCACCGACAGCUGAAGGAGCGUAGAAUGCUGGCCACGGAGGGUGCUGCUCAGCAGGCACACACCACCCGUUCCAGCCAGAGAUGUUUGGCCUUUGUAGAUGAUGUUCGGUGCUCCAACCAGUCCCUACCAAUGACAAGACACUGCCUUACUCAUAUUUGCCAGGACACCAAUCAGCUUCUCUUUAAGCUGUGUCAAGGGUCAGAAGAAGCACCCUGCAGCAAGCCAGUGCCUGUAAGCUUAUCGGAAGAUCCCUGCUGCCCUCUCCAUCUCCAGCUGCCACCUCAGAUGUAUGUCCCUGAGCAGGUACUGUCUGUUCCCGAGGAGUUGGAAGCGGCUUCCACAGAUCUGUACUUGAGCGCAGCUGAACUCAGGCCCACAGAGAGCUUGCCACUGGAGUUCAGUGAUGACUUGGAUGUUGUUGGCGAUGGCAUGCAGUGCCCCCCUUCCCCGCUGCUGUCUGAUCCUUCUGCUACCAAUGAGAACCAGAUGAACAGAAAUGUUGCUGAGACCCACAAACACAUGCACCCAAGAGAAGAGUCUGUUCAGCAAGGGCUGUUGAACCAGGUGGCACAACCAGUCAGGGGGAUAUUUUCCAGGCAGGCCACAUCUGCCCUGGAGUCUCCACCAGAAUCACUCUCACAGCAUCUUGUGACGAGCGGGUCUGGACAGGUGGAAGGUAAAAAGGAAGAACCUGCAACCAAUGGGAAUUCAGAACCCGCCUCCAUCAGCUGAUAGAACUGUCAGACAAAUGGAGAGAUGGAGACCCACCAGGAUGAUGAAGCAUCUGCUGUUUUUGGACUAUUCCUGGCUGUGCAUGUUCUUCAGUCACUCUAUUCAAUCCCUUCCAGGUUACUGAAAUGAGUCUUGGAAGGCAAAUUGGUUGCUUUUACGUUGUCCUCCUUCAGGUCCUGUUCAGUUGGGUUUCCCUUUUAUGUUCGUGGUUUUUUUUUUUAAGUUGAAUUCUCUAUACAAAAUCAGAGUGGUAAUUUUUUUUUAAUUUAAUGAAUGCAAACACUGGGGGAGGAACCUGUGUUUUUUAAAAACUUUUGGUCAAAGUGAUAACCUUUGAAUUUUUUUUUUAAGUUCCUAAAUUAUUAGGAGUACAUGUUGAAGUCAUGGGCUUUUCCCUGCUAAAAGAAAGGGCCUGUUAUUCGCUAGAUUGUGUAUUAGCCCAUUCACGUCUCAUCACGCUACAGCUGCAUGGCUGUUCGUUCUUUUUCUUUCUUUUGGCACUGAAGUCUGUAAACCGACUCCCACCUGUAGCUUCAGCUUGUGUACAGAUUGCAUCUAGUAUAAAAAUACACUGGAUAACAUUUAUAGUUUGCUUUUCUUUGUACUUGUGGCAGUGUCAAUGCUCUUUCUUAAAGAUAACUGAAAGCUGA